UGUGCAAAGAGACGGAGCGGGAGAAGGUCGACAAAUCGAGCCUAUCCACAGAUUUUUCAGGGCGAGGCGACGGUAGAGGAGCGCGGUGAACGUGGUUUGGCUGCAGAUCCAGGAAGAACCAGUUUGCUUUUCACUGCAGACUCAUGACAAUGGAAAUGAAGGGCGAACAGCAGGACGAAGAUAUUUCAUUCAGCAACACUGACACUAAUGGUAAACGUCCUGCUGAGGACAUGGACGAGGAGCAGGCCUUCAAACGUUCACGCAACAUUGAUGAGAUGGUGGAGCUGCGUGUUCUGCUUCAGAGCAAAAAUGCGGGAGCCGUCAUUGGAAAGGGUGGCAAGAACAUAAAAGCUCUUCGCACAGACUACAAUGCCAGUGUAUCAGUCCCAGACAGCAGUGGCCCAGAGCGGAUCCUGAGUGUAAGUGCCAGUAUCGACACCAUUGGAGAGAUUCUACUGAAAAUCAUACCAACACUAGAGGAGUACCAACAUUACAGUGGGAUUGAUUUUGACUGUGAGCUUCGCCUGCUGAUCCAUCAGAGCUUGGCUGGUGGGAUAAUUGGAGUGAAAGGUGCCAAGAUAAAGGAGCUGAGAGAGAACACCCAGACCACCAUCAAGUUGUUCCAAGAGUGCUGUCCACACUCUACCGACAGGGUCGUCUUAGUGGGAGGAAAACCAGAACGUGUGGUUGAAUGCAUAAAAGUGAUCCUGGAGCUAGUAUCAGAGGCACCCAUUAAAGGCCGUACUCAGCCUUACGACCCUAACUUCUAUGAUGAGACGUAUGACUACGGUGGCUUCACCAUGUUGUUUGAGGAUAGGGGCCGACGACCCAUGGGUGGAUUUCCCAUCCGCGUGCGCGGCGGUUUUGAGCGCUUGCCUCCUUUACGUGGCAGCAGACCUCUGCCUCCCUCCAGAAGGGACUAUGACGACAUGAGCCCUCGCCGGGGUCCUCCACCGCCGCUUAGCAGGGGCAUACGAGGGGGCAGCCGAGCGCGUAACCUGCCUCUCCCGCCACCCCCGCCGCCAAGAGGAGGAGGAGACAGGUUUUCACAUGGCAGCUACCAUGGCAGCAUGGAUGACAGACCAAGUGAAAGAAGAGGCAGAGACCGCUAUGACAGCAUGAGUGGAGGUGGUUACGACAACAAUUCUUCUUGGGAGCGCUUUCCAUCUGGCGGCAGAGGAUCGUACAGUGACAUCGGAGGCCCAGUCAUCACGACGCAAGUCACCAUCCCAAAAGAUCUGGCGGGCUCCAUCAUCGGGAAGGGCGGCCAGAGAAUCAAGCAGAUCCGCCACGAGUCUGGGGCAUCCAUCAAGAUUGAUGAACCACUAGAGGGCUCUGAGGACCGCAUCAUCACCAUCACAGGGACACAGGACCAGAUCCAGAACGCCCAGUACUUACUGCAGAACAGUGUGAGGCAGUACUCCGGUCGGUUCUUCUAGAGGGAAGCGGAAGAGAGGGUGAAGCCAUGCUGCCAUACUGUUUGCUCAUUCUAUUCAGAGCCAACAUUCCUCUGCUUUGGGUAGAUGUGUCCCUUCCCUUUAACUGUCUCCAGCUACACCACCGCUGUGUACACCAGGUUUUAUUUGGAGGCCUGAAAAAUCCAUAAUUCAGUGCUGGUAUCUUAUUUUUCUUUUUCUUUUUAUCUACUGGUGUGUAACCCAGCUGUGUGAUUAGAUUUGGUGUUGUGAACCGGCCCUAGGCCUUAUCUUCCGCAUUUCAGUACAGCAAGCAGAAUGUACUUUUUUUUUCCUGUUCUUGUUUGAAAGAUAUUUUUAUGAUUUCCUUUGAAUUUUAAGACCACUUUCCUAGCAAAGAUGACUGGUUUUUGAAUGGUUGAGAAACUGUUGGAGUAAAGUUAAAUAACUGAUUAACUUACAUUUUCCAUCACUUGUCUCCAUAUGUAAAAAGUGUUUUUUUUUUUUUUUAGAUGGUGUUUGAGGGGUUUGGGGAGAGUAUUUAUUUUGGAGCAGCGGAAAUCAAUAGUAUUCUCAAUUUCACAGAGAGCAAAACUUCGGUUUUACAUUUAAUGCUUUUAAUGGGUACCGAGGAGAAACUGGUUAGGAGUGUAUGGGGCCUUUGUUCUGUAUAAGCAUGGAUGUGUUGUUCGGAGUCAGUCUUUGGGUUGAUAAGCAAUGUGGGCUUAAAAAUUUUAAACCCCAGACAGCUCACUCCUACACCCCACCGCACACACUAGGCAUGGGCCUGUAUGAUGACCUUGUGUGAAAAUGUCACAAUGAAUAUAUCUACACAAAAAAAAUAAAAAUAAUAUAUGUGAUUUGAUCUGCCUUUAUUAAAAACAAAAAAGCAUUUUUUUUCAGCUUUUGCUAAAAUAGUAUGCAGGAUAUCAUCACAUUUUUAUAAACAUUGGCUAAAUAUUUUUAAAAAUUUUCCCAUAUUUUGUAAGGGCAACAUGCCUUACAAAAUAAGCCUUUUUUCUGCCAGCUCAUCGGCAGUGUGCAACAAGUAGUAGAGAGGAGGCAGGAAGAAAUUCAGACAUUCAACCACAGGAACACUGAAAUUUCCUAUGUAGGUCUACCACAAAAACAGACCAAUCAAGCAAAUGUAAAGACUGUUUGAUUGGUCUGUUGCUGGGAGGGUUUACACUGUUGACGCCUUAAUUUUUUGUUUUUUAGCAGAGCAGCCUAGUCCAAUGCUUUUUGGUAAUGACACCUUUUUCAAACAUGUCUUCUGUCUGAAGGUGUAAUAAAUGUGAAAGACUGUUUAGGCAAAAGAACAAUUGUAAGAAAAUCUACUUUUAUUUGAAAGAUGAUUGUACGGUUUGUAUAUAUAUAUGUAUUUGCUUAAAACCUGUAAUUUUAAGGACUUUUGGUUCGGCCCAAACUGUGUGAUGUUUUCUUGGAAGAAAAAAGUGCCAAAAACAGACUUACAAGUUUUCUUCUUUGCCAUGUGGCCCUUUUGUGCCAAACUUAACAAAAAUAAAUAUUCUCUAAAAUCAUAUUAGAGCUAUUGAAAACACAGCAUUUUAAAAAUAUAAGAUGAUAUAAUAAAAAUGUCAGAACAAAACUGCAGAAAAGAAUUAUAAAUACAAAGUGUGCCUGUGUGGCCAUUUUGUUCCUGCACUUUUGGUCAUUUUGUUUCAUGACUUUCUGCAAUAUACAAAAAGCUACAAACAAACUAAAUGAUGCUUAUGUGCGUGGGUAUGAAACAGGUUAAAGGGAAUGUAAAGGUGCACAAUUGGUGAAGGGACAAAUGAAUCUAGUUAUUUACAAAUGUAUUUCUAAUGAAAUCUUUCCUACGCGUUUUCUGAUUACGGAAUUAUAUUUUGAAUCUUUUACUGUAAAAAAAAAAAAAAAAAUACACAAUCAACUUUUUCAUCAAUAUUGGGUUUUCUGUCACUAGAAAGGAUGAAUUUGCUGUUGUGUAGCCUCAGUCUCAGAUCUGUUCACUCGUGUAGUUUUGUUUUUCAUUUUUGGACUUUUUUUUUUUUUUUUUUUUUCUUUGAAAGCAUCCCUGAAGAUGCAGUUCUGUGAGGCGGAUGCAGCUUUGCGAGUCCACAAGUGAUGAAUUCUGUAUUUGCUCUCAGAUAUUUGUAGUAACUCCAAGUGUUUAGUAAAUAAAGUCUGUGUCACAGCUCUGA